AAUUACAGCAGGGGUCUAACACUAACUUUUACAUAUAUAGAUUUUACUCCCCAGCGUUUGAACCCGCAGUCUUCACAUCCACAGCUACACAGUGAUUCCAGCUCUAGUGUUUAGCUCUGUAGCAUUUGUUUAAGUCCCUUUUUGCUAUAAUCCUGUGAUUAAGUGUGGCUCAGCUUUCAUUUUAAAAAGGGUUCUAGCUCUUACAGGUGUGGAGAAAAAUGUUGAAAAUGUCAUCAGAAUCAUUCUAAAGACUCAAAAAACAAAGCACCUACACGCCAACCCCCCUCUUAUGCUAGGCACUGUACAUACACACAGAAUGAAAAGACAGAACCUGAUCCAAAGAGCUUGCAAUCCAAGACUGAAGAUAACAAAUACAACAGAUGAGAAGAGCACAAGGUACUACAAGUGGAUAAAGAAUGUGCAGUGCUCUGAGCCCAAAGGCACGAGGACCUGGCCUUUCUGAUAUGCAUCAAUACAGCCAGUGGCUGGCCAGCAGACAUGAGGCCAACUUAUUACCGAUGAAAGAGGAUCUAGCGCUGUGGCUCACAAACCUACUGGGUAGGGAAAUAACGGCAGAAACUUUUAUGGAGAAGUUGGAUAAUGGUGCCCUGCUCUGUCGACUAGCUGAGACCCUACAAGAGAAAUUUAAAGAAAACAGUUUUGAUGCAAACAAACCUGGCAAAACCCUGCCAGUGCGGAAGAUUCCAUGCAAAGCCAAUGCUCCUUCAGGGUCUUUUUUUGCACGAGACAACACGGCAAAUUUCUUAUCCUGGUGCAGAGAUGUGGGGGUGGACGACACAUGCCUAUUUGAAUCAGAAGGCUUGGUCCUCCAUAAGCAGCCCAGAGAAGUGUGCCUUUGUUUGCUGGAACUUGGAAGGAUUGCAGCCAGGUUUGGUGUGGAACCUCCUGGGUUAAUAAAGCUGGAGAAAGAGAUUGAACAAGAGGAAAUACUUUCAGCCCCUCUUCCGUCUCCUUCACCCUCCCCAACAAAGUCUCCAGGGAAAAAGAGCACAGGAAAACUGUUGGAUGAUGCUGUCAAACACAUUUCUGAAGAUCCUCCUUGUAAAUGCCCCAAUAAAUUCUGCGUGGAGCGUCUUUCACAAGGACGGUACAGAGUUGGAGAGAAGAUUCUCUUUAUUAGGAUGCUGCACAACAAACAUGUGAUGGUUCGUGUAGGAGGAGGAUGGGAGACUUUUGCAGGCUACUUGCUGAAACACGACCCAUGCCGAAUAAUGCAGAUCUCUCGGGUGGAUGGGAAAACCUCUCCAAUCCAGAGCAAGUCUCCGACCAUCAAGGACAUGAAUCCAGACAAUUACUUGGUUGUUUCUGCCCAUUACAAAACCAAGAAGGAGAUUAAGUGAAAUUAGCUUCUCAUUUGACUGGGACUAUAUAUAUGUAGGUCCAAAUUAUCUUCUUCAGUGUAGUAAAUUUAGUUCAUGCUUUGAAAGGACUUCAGAAAAUUUAACAGACUGAAAAUGGCAACCUGCUUUGAAGAUCUUUGAACUGUAGAACUAUUUAUUUCUAGUACUGUACCUUUUAUAGCAAAUUAUCCUUGAUAGGUUAAUUACUACAAUCAGAUAAGAAAUAGACAUAUAUUUUUAGCCAAAUCAUUACUCUUAAAUAUGUGAAUGUAUACUUAGAAUGAUUUAAAGGAUGUGGUUCAUGUUAAAGGAAAAGAAACUGCAGUACAAUAUAUUUGUAUGAAAAACCUGUGACACUGAGUCCAUGACUGUUUUUAGGUUAGGGUUAGUUGGAAAAGAUAUAUGUAGGUUGAGUGUGCAGAGUGAUAAAAGCUAUUUGCUAACACUUUCUGCCUACAAAUUAAAAUAAAAAUGGACUAUUUUUAUAGGUUGCAAGAUUCCCUUAAGCAAUAAUU